AUGCAAUUAAUAUGUGGUGAAACGGGUCGAAUAUCGGGUUUAUUAUCCAAAAAUCUCGAAAAAGAUCUCCAAAAAUUAACUGAAAAUGAUAUUUUACUCAUUGAUAGUGGGAGAAGCUUGGAUACUGUAGAUAUUAUUUAUCAAUGUUUGAAUCGAAGAAUUGCAUUCACCUUUACCGAUGGACAAUAUUUUCCAGCGACAUGUAUAAUAGAUAAGGAUUUUCGGGUAAAUUUUUUAUAUCUGAAUUCAAAAAAAUCCAGUGUUUUGUAGGUUCGAAGAUUGCGAGAAGGCGAUGAAAGAAAUAGAGAUAUUUGUUAUGUUAUAAAUACAAGUGGAACAUCUGGAAUUUCAAAACGUGUUGCUGUUCCUUUUGAUUGUAUUAUGCCAAAUAUUGAAUACUUCGGAAAAGUGCUGGAAAUUUCAGAAUAUGAUAUUAUUCUAUGCUCCACAUCUUUUCAUUUUGAUCCAUCAAUUAUUGAAAUGUUUUUAUUCUUCAAAUACAAAACUAGACUUCUAUUAACUCCGGAUAACUACCGUAAUCAUCCAUAUUUGCUGAAUAAUGCAAUCGAAAAAUAUCAACCAACGAUUGGACAAUUUACACCGAAUGUUGCUAGAAUGUUGGAUCAGAAAAUGUUGCAGAGUUUUAGAUGUGUUCUGAUUGGUGGAUCUAUUUUUCCUAGAGAACUUUAUACAUCAGCAGCUUCUAAAACAAGAAUAUUUGAUGUUUAUGGAGUUACAGAAGUGUCAUGUUGGGCUACGAUUCGAGAAAUCAAGGAUUCGGAGAAUUAUCUAGGUGAUCCAAUUCCUGGAACUAUUCUUGAAGUUUCAAAAAAUCAAGAACUUAUAUUGAAAGGCUCAAGGAAGUGUUUUGUUAACGGAAAAAUGACAGCCGAAUCUGGACAUAAAACUGGAGAUUUAGUUGAAAUUUUGGAUGGAAAAAUCAGGAUUGUUGGGCGAAAAGAUGGACAAUUGAAAAUCCGUGGAAUGCGAAUGAAUUUAGAGGAAAUGACAAGAAUUAUUGGAGAAAAACUAGAAUUGAAUGCACAUUUUAUGUUGUAUCGGCACAAAAUUAUAACACUUUUUGUUGAAGGAACAAAUGACUUGAAAAAAGUUGAACGAAUUCUUGAUGCGGUAAGUAUAGUCUAGUGAAUUCUAAAAAAAAAUAUUUUUUUGCAGAAUCUCCAAAAAGAUUUUCAUCCCUCGCAUAUUGAAUUCAUCGAAAAAUUUCAAAUAAAUCGAAAUGGGAAACUAGAUCAAAAUUACUUAUGCGAAAAAGUGGAUUUGAUAUAUAAUGGAAACUUUGUGAAAAUUGUUCGAGAAAAAUAUAAAAUCGAUCUUGAACGAGAAGCUAUCAAUAGUUUUGUCAACCUCGGAUUUGAUUCUCUAAUAUCCGCUGAACUCUCACUAUGUUUUCCAAAUUCCGAUGAAGUUUUUCGAUUAUUUUUGGACCCCAAGACUAUUGUAUCUGAUUUCUUGUUUCAAAUGAAACUUUGUUUUGUGGAACCACCGAAAAUCGAUGGAGAAGUUAUAGAAACUCACAGUAUAUCAGAACUUGAACCUUCUUUAAAAUGGAGUCAUAGUUUGAGAAAAUGUAUCGAUGGAAAUCCAUUGGUUAUUGGAAAUUUGGUUUACACAGCAUCCCAUUUUGGAAUUGUUAUGUGUAUUGCAAUUGCGAAUGGAAAUAUUGUUUGGGAGGUGAGUAAUCCAAAUUUUGUUCCAUUCAAAAUUUUUGAGUUUCAGAAUCGCUAUGAGACCCGUUUUGAAGCCUCUCCAAUAAAUUUAGAAAAUGAUAUUGUUAUUGGUGGAUUUGAUGGUAUUUUAUAUCGAUUUGAUGGAUUGAAUGGAAAUAUUAUUUGGAAAUUCAAAACCGGAGAUCAAAUCAAAGCAGCAUGUUUUUAUGAUGGAAAAGAUUCGAUAUAUUGCAUAAGUUAUGAUCGAUAUUUGUAUAAAAUUGAGAAAAUGGUUAGUAAGAUCUUAAGAUCAGCAAAUUAAUUGAAUCAAAAAUAAUGUUUUUCAGUCAGGUCAAAUGAUUUCAAAGAAAUCAAUAGGAUCAGGUUCACCUUGUGCUCCUAUUCGAUUUUCGAAUUCUUCAAGUCCAAUAUUCUCCACAAUUCGAGGAAAAAUAAUCUCCGAAAAUUGGGAAUAUUCAGCAGAUUCAGCUUGUUAUUCCCAAAUAACUCAUGAUUUAUCAACGGGAAAUAUUGUAAUUGGACUGGUUAAUGGGGAUACUAUAGUUUUGAAGGAUAUCGAUGGCACGUUUAUCAAUAGACUCAACCUUGGAAAUGCUCCAAUUUUUUGUGCUCCAUUAAAAUUGCCAAAUGGAAAUUGGUGUUGGGCGUUAGAAGAUGGAACUGUUGUGUUAACAAAUCCCAAAAAUAAUGAGAUACUAAAACGGUGGAAAUUCCCCGGCACUCGAUUUGUGAGGUAUUUAGGAAAAUUGAAAGUUUUUCUUGAUUCAUAUUGUUCUUUCAGAACCCCACAAAUUCUUGAACCAGACAAAAUCUAUCUUCAAUCUACAACUGGUAAUUUGAUCAUCUGGAAUCUCAACGACUCAACUGCUUUAUCGAUCAAAUUGUCAGAUUCUGAUAUAUUUUCCACUCCAUUUUUAGACCCGUUUAAUAAAAUAAUGAUAAGUACAGGAAGAGAUGAUUAUAUUAAAUGUUGGAAUUUCGAAUUUUGA